AUGUUGAAUCUUAAGAAUGAAACAAUUGCUGUUUGUGAAAUACAAAGGGAGUUGGUAUUUGGAUUGGUGUUUGUGAUCAUGUUUCUAGUUGGAUUACUGUUUUAUUGCACUUUAUGGCAUUGUACUUUUAUUGCAUCAAGUAAUAGAAUUGUUCACAGUAAUCAGCGCAAUAAUCCAAUUUACCAGCCUGAUUAA